CUCCCCACACCUCCUCGUCAAGAUAAACAAAAAACCGGCAGCUUUUGUCCCCUUGCAGGCGCGCGCCCCACACCCACACCAGUGGAGUACUACACCGCGACCUCGCCGUAUAUAUAACUUCCCCCUCCCCGCCCGUUCCCUUUCCACUGCCCAACGCCGCCUCCACCCACCUGUGACUCCGUCCCUCUCUCCCUCCCUUCCCGGCCUCCCCUCGCCAGCACCGCAAGGCGGUGGCGAUGGCCGUCCAGGCGCAGCAACUCCUCUCCCACGCCUCCUUCCUCCCCCACCACGACCUCGGCCAGUACGCCUUCAGGGCGCUGGAGGGCGCGGCCGUCGGCGCCGGCGCCGGCGGCGUGUUCCUGGACGAGCUCGGCAUCGCCGGCUGCGCUCCAGCGGCGGCCGCAGGGAUCGGCGACGCCGUGUUCGGCGGUGCCGCGCGCAGCGAGCUCACCUGCAACGGCGGCGGCGGCGGCGAGUACGACGCGCUGCAGCCGAGGAAGCGGGCCCGCGUGGCGACGGGGCUCUUGGAGUGCGGAGGCCAGCAGGGGAGCUUGGUCCUGCCCCUGGCAGCGGCGCCGCAGAGCCUGACGUUCGCCGGAGAUGUGCAGAGCAGAGCGGUCGGGUGCGGCGCGGCGUCAACCAGCGGCCGUGCUGCGGCCAAUGGCGUCCUGUCGCAGCUCUACCACCAUGGCGCCGAGAUCGACGCGCUUGUCCGCCUCGAGACCGAGAGGAUGCGGGUCGGUCUCCACGACGCGAGGCGCCGGCACGCGCGCGCGGUCGUGGCCGCCGUGGAGCGCGCCGCGGCGGGGCGUCUCCGCGCGGCGGAGGCCGAGCUGGAGCACGCCCGCUGCCGCAACGCCGAGCUGGAGGAGCGCCUCCGUCAGCUGUCCGCCGAGGGCCAGGCCUGGCUAGGCGUCGCCAGGAGCCACGAGGCCGUCGCUGCGGGCCUCCGCGCCACGCUCGACCAGCUCCUGCAGCAGCCCGCUUGCGGCGCCCUAGCCGGCCCAGGCGUCGACGACGGCGCCGAGGCGGAGGACGCGCAAUCCUGCUGCUUCGAGACCUCCCCGUCCGUCCUCGUCGCCGACGACGCAGUGUCCAGGGCCGCGUCGCCGUCGUGCAAGUCCUGCGGCGGUGGCGACGCGUGCGUGCUGCUGCUCCCGUGCCGGCACCUGUGCCUGUGCCGCGCGUGCGAGGCCGCCGCCGAUGUGUGCCCCGUCUGCGCCGCCACCAAGAACGCCUCGCUCCACGUUCUGCUGUCCUGAGAAGAGCGCCGCCGGCGUCCGCGGCGGACGGGUCCCGACGGUUCCACCUCGCUGUUCCCUGCGUCGGUGUCUCCAGCAUGUCGCGGCACGUGAGUCACGUGACCCUGUGAUGCAGGAAUCUUUUGGCGGGUGGUGCAUCCUGUAGAAAAUUCUCGAGAAGUUGCAGAUUAGGCUAAUCUGACCUUGCUACUGCUAAUUUUUCUCAACAGUGCUAACUUUUCGUACUGUUCAUAUGGGUUUUCGUGCUACGUAUUUUUUGGUAGGUUUGGAUUGUGUUAAUGAGGAAACAGGCCAAGUUUCGUAGACAUUGUUCUCAUUUCUGUGAAUGUGCCUGCUCUCAAGAUCCCGUUCAAUGCAUACGGCAAGAUGCUGCUGGGCCAAGUACUUUGGUACUUUUUUCACUGUGGCUCAAAUUUUAUA